CAGCUGGAUGAUUACUCCAUCGGCUGGGAGGAGGCCGGCUUCCGAGGCACCGGCGACUAUCAGGAGUACGUGCGGACGUACCUGAUGCGUCCCUUGAGUGGCCGUCGAGCAGAGGGGGCCAGGCCUGUAGCAUCGGCGGCUGGGGUCGGAGCGGGAGCAGGGACUGGAUCUUCGAGGAGGGCCCGGGUCCGUGGUAGGAGCGGAGUGCAGGGAGGACGAGGAGCUGGCUGGCCUGCCCUGCCUGCUGUACUGACUUUCCAGGGGCAGGGUGGGUCGACCUAUCAGAUCCCCUUCGCCCCUCCACCCGCUGGUCAUGAGUUCAUUGACGUCCCCGACUUACCGCCGGCUUCUUCUGAGUACACCCGUCAGUCGUUGGCGAUGAAUGCCUCGAUGAUGGGGAUGCUCCAGCGGACAUUUGACCUUCUAGCCGUUUACAGCAUACCGGUAUGUCCUUCUGAUACUGGCCUGAAACCAUUCAUACACUGCUUUGCAUAA